UUAGACAUGCUAACCAAGGAAUGAGGCUUAACAAGGACUGCACACAGGACUAGCACAGAGGGUACCCAACUGGAGAGAGGAGGCUGCCAGGAAGUGCAGCAAUGCUUCACCAACCUUCAGCUAUAGGUAUGGGUCACCUACUACAUCUCCACAAUACCUCCUCCGACAAGAUGUCUCUCCAUCACCAGGAACCGUGGGACACAAAUACUUCAGCAGUCACUACGUCUGACCUCUUCCUGGAUGAAUCUGUCAACCCAUGGGACAUCAUCCUCUGUGUGACGGGAACAGUCAUGGCUUGCGAGAAUGCCAUUGUUAUUGCUAUUCUCUUCUACACGCCCAGCUUACGUUCCCCCAUGUUCAUACUAAUUGGCAGUCUGGCACUCGCAGAUCUGCUUGCUGGUGUGGGGCUCAUUAUGAAUUUCAUAGUGAUCUAUGUGUUUAAUAAUGAACUGGCCACUUUAAGUUCCGCUGGACUGCUAAUAGCCGCCUUCUCAGCCUCUGUGUGUAGUCUUCUGGCCAUCACAGUGGACAGGUACUUAUCACUUUACAAUGCCUUGACCUACCACACAGAGCGAACACUGACCUUCACAUACGUGUUGAUAAUUCUGCUAUGGGCUCUGUGCAUCUGCAUUGGUCUAUUACCCAUCAUGGGGUGGAACUGUGUCAGGGACCAGUCUUCAUGCAGCGUGUUGAGACCAGUUACUAAGAACAAUGCUGCUGUUCUUGCAGUGUCUUUCCUCUUGGUCUUUGCUUUGAUGAUGCAACUCUACCUGCAGAUCUGCAGGAUUGCAUUUCGACAUGCCCAGCAGAUAGCUGUGCAGCACCAAUUUAUGGCCACCUCCCAAGCUUCCAGCACCAGGAAGGGGGUCUCGACCUUGUCUCUUAUUCUAGGCACUUUUGCACUCUGCUGGAUUCCCUUUGCUGUGUAUUCCCUGAUUGCUGAUUCUAGUUACCCAAUGAUAUAUACCUACUCUCUGGUUUUGCCAGCCGCCUGUAAUUCCGUCAUCAAUCCUAUCAUCUAUGCUUUCAGGAACCCAGAUAUCCAGAAGUCUCUGUGGCUUGCUUGCUGUGGUUGUCUCCCUCACAGAUUCUUAUCUGGGCAAAGAACUUCCAGUGAUGUAUAGAGGCAGGAGUAUCCUGAAGAAUUACAUUGGAGAAGGACUUGUGUAGAGAAAAAAAGAUGUCAAACAUUGUUUUAUUUUUACACUUAAAAAAAGAAAAUAUAUAUUGCUUUAAGUUGUGAAAAACAUUUGAAAAAGCACUUACUGUUUUUAGUGUUUGUCUUAAAGAUGAACUUGCGUUUGGUAUGGGCAUGUUCUAGAAAUCCACACACAUUUUUAGAGAAGACCUCAUGAGCUGUAAGUCUGAACAGUGUGAACCUCUUUCAUGUCAAGUUGGUCUGGAAAAAUGUUUCCAUGCCGACCUCCUUGGCACCAAAUAGGUUAAACAUAAUGUUGCAUGAGGCUCACUCCAACUUAUCUACUAAAUGGUUUCCAAAGGUUGGGUUAAUUUAUAGCUAUUUAUUUCAUUUUUGAGUCAUGGUUUACAUAAAUGUUUAUUUAACUAAUGUGCGUCCAUUCCUAACAAAAAUAUUGAGACAAUUAGCACAAAGUAUAAAAAUGUGCAAUGUACAUGCUGGGUAGCAGCCGAAAGCCUUCUCAGAUGCCUAGAUAAACAUUUCUAUUUUGUCUAGAUUCAAAAUUUGGCCUAGUGUCUGCUAUCUACUACACGUAGUGAGACAAUGAAAAAACAAAUAACAGUAAGUUGUAUUUAUGAAUGCAAAUCAAAAGGAAUUAUUUGACAAACUGCUAAUCUUUGAGUAACUACUCUGAAAUCAAGUGGAAUGUCUCUAUAUGUUCGUUCAGGGUCAGUUUUUCUUGAUAAAUGUGGAUUUGUAUGUAGAUUGAUUAUGUAACGAACAACAGUAAAUUUACUAGCAAGAAAUAUGAUAAAACAAAUAUAUACAGGAUGUAAUCAGAAUUCAUCAUAAAUCUCAGCAUUAACUUAACCUGUAAGAUUGAGCCCACUAAAAUGUACACAAUUUAUAUCCUUGCUCAGUUUUUAAAGAGAUCCUACGAAUUUGUGUUCUGAAGAAUAUGUUGAAUACAAAAUAAUCCUAGAACGUCUUUUGACACAUUAUUUUUAAAACAUUGGUAUGAUGAGUAUGGGAUCAUGCUUUGAAUGCAAUCCAGAUUACAUGUAAAAGAUACCUGUGAGCAGUAUU